AUGCCGACCCAGGUCUGCACCCUUUACUGGCCGCGCCACGCCACAUCGUCGCCGUCGGGCUGGCUCGUCGGAUGGAACAUCGGUGGCUUUGUCGCCGCUGUCGCCGCCGUCGUCCCAGACAUCUCGCACCGCGAACUUGCUGCACGUCUCACCAACGAUCCGGCUCUCGCCGCCGUCGCUGCACGCCUGCCCGCAGCCGCCCAGCUCUCCAUCCUCGGCCGCUGGCACUCGGAGCUCCUCGCUACAGGCGCGCAGCCGGCGGCGUUUGCCACUGACUCACCCGCCUCGCUCAACGUCCUGCAGCAGGCCGCCAACUUUUGGUUCGAGCUCGAGUGCGCCGCCCUCGACGCGCCCGUUGUCCUUCGCGAGAUCUACUGCUGCGGCUACCGCUACACCCGUGUUGCCAUGCACGUUGUCGUCUUUGACCCGCCGCAGGACGACCACUUUCUGGCCAUGACCCCACUCUCGCUCGACGUUGUCUCGCUCCCGCUCCCCCGACCAGCUGCAGCCGCCGAACCGGCCACGUUCCCACCACAUACGACGGCGUCCAGCGAAGGCGCGAGCCCACAGCACCAGCCUCCCGCCUUUCUCCCACCCAAGUCUGGCACGCCCGCCACCGUUGUCCCGCCCAUCGCCGCCAUGCCACGCUUCGCCAGCCUCCGCUCGUCAGGCUCGAGCCUGCCUGGGCCGUCUAUUCCUGACACCGGCGUCAUUCUCGACCACAUCAACGUCUCGCGGUCGAUCCAGGCUGCGCUGCGAGCACAGCCAGCCGAGCGCGCCCCGCGCGCGCUCCCGCCCCCACUCUGCUCGCUUGUCUGGCUUCUCGCGGUCAUCGCCUCGCUUGUCUGGCCGCUCGUCUUUCCGCUCCUCCGCGUCGGCUACCGCGUCGCCGUCUUUUCGCUCCUCGAGUCGCACCUUCCGCCGGCCACACCGGCGUCGCUCGUCGCCAUCUCGUCAGUCGCCAAGCUUGUCGACGAGCGACUGCACCAGCUAUGUAUGCUCCCACACCUUGCCGCCGCGACCAUGGCCCGGUUCGAUCGGUCAGCAGUCUCGCGCGCCCACUACAUCCACGCCGUCAACCAAGCGUGGCUUCUCAUCAACGACCUCGUCUUUGGCGUCAUGGCCCUCUUCCUCGUCCGCAAUCAUGCCGAGCGAGCCAUCCAAGUUGUCCACCGGUCCUCGCUCCUCCUCACCGGCGGCGACAUCCUCUCUUCGCAUCUCAUGUGGCUCAUGGGCUGGCCGUCGGGCUUCAAGCUCAACGCCAACUUUGACGCCUUUCUCGGCGCCAACUUUCUCGCCGGCAUCCAGGCCUGGCGGGCGCUGACCGACUGGCUCUCGCCAGCCAAUGUGUACUUUUCUAUGCCGUCGUCACCUCGCCUCUACAAGUCGCUGGCAGACGUCAUGAGCUCGCUGUGGAAGCUCUUUCGCGGCAAAAAGUACAAUCUCGGCCUGCUCCUCACCAUCUCGCUCCUGCAUCACUUUCCGCUCUUUGGCCUCACUGUUUACGCCCGCGACUCGGCUCGCCUCCCUGGAGGCAUCCGCUUCCAGCCCAUCCGCGGCUCGGUGCUCCGCCUCUCGCUUCCAGCCGUCAAGCGGAACAUCAUGUCGGCUGUCCGCGACCGCGAUGCCCAGAAGCCGCUCACCGCUCCGGACCCGGCCGCCGCCUUUCGCCCCUGGACCACCUAUUUUGAGAUCCGCAACCGCCCGCUUCCGCCGGCCGCGCUCUUUUUCCAGUACUCGCGCGUGGCCAAGCUCGUCACGGCUUCACAGCCGCUCAUGAUCUGGCCGCUGCUCUCCGGUGAGCCCAUCCGUCCACCGCCUGACCUGCAGUACCCGCGUCUUGCCGCCCUGCCGUCCGCCGAAGACUUUGACGCCCUUGGCGAGCUCAUUGCCCACGCUCUGGCCCGCGCCAAACUGCUUUGGGCGGCAUAG